AUGAGAAAAAUGCGGACUCUUCUCGGCUUUGUGCACUGCUGCUGCUGCUGCUUCUUGCUCCUCCUGCCUCCGCCGCUCAGGGUCAGCCUGGCAGCGGCCAAGCAGCUGCUGAGGUACCGGCUGGCCGAGGAGGGACCCGCCGACAUCCGCAUCGGUAACGUGGCCGCCGACCUGGGCAUCGUGACGGGCUCCGGAGAGGUGACAUUCAGCCUGGAAUCAGGCUCCGACUACCUCAAGAUCGAUAACAUGACCGGGGAGCUGAGCACCACGGAGCGGCGCAUCGACCGCGAGAAGCUGCCGCAGUGCCAGAUGAUCUUCGACGAGAACGAGUGCUUCUUGGACUUCGAGGUGUCGGUCAUCGGCCCCUCGCAGAGCUGGGUGGACCUCUUCGAGGGCCGGGUCAUCAUCCUGGACAUCAAUGACAACACCCCCACCUUCCCUUCCCCCGUCCUCACGCUCACCGUGGAGGAGAACCGGCCCGUGGGGACCCUCUACCUGCUCCCCACCGCCACCGACAGGGACUUCGGCCGCAACGGCAUCGAGCGCUACGAGCUGCUGCAGGAACCCGGAGGGGACGGGGGACGGCGCGGCGGCGGCGGCGGCGGCGGCGCUGGCGGCGGCGGCGGGGGCGGUGCUGCGGCGGCCGGCUCGGAGAGCGCCCUCUACCCCGGCGGCAGCAAACGGAGGCAGGAGGCGGAGGCCCGCAGCAGCGUGUUUGAGCUGCAGGUGGCCGACACCCUGGACGGGGAGAAGCAGCCGCAGCUGAUCGUCAAGGGGGCGCUAGACCGUGAGCAGCGGGACUCCUACGAACUGAGCCUGCGCGUGCGCGACGGCGGCGAGCCCGCGCGUUCCUCACAGGCCAUCCUGCGCGUGCUGAUCACCGACGUGAACGACAACAGCCCCCGCUUCGAGAAGAGCGUCUACGAGGCCGACCUGGCGGAGAACAGCAGCCCCGGGACCCCUAUCUUGCAGCUGCGAGCCACCGACCUGGAUGUAGGGGUGAAUGGGCAGAUCGAAUACGUCUUUGGGGCAGCCACCGAGUCGGUGAGGCGGCUGCUGCGGCUGGAUGAGACCUCAGGGUGGCUCAGCGUCCUGCACCGCAUUGACCGUGAGGAGGUUAACCAGCUGCGCUUCACCGUGAUGGCCCGGGACCGUGGGCAGCCCCCUAAGACAGACAAGGCCACGGUGGUGUUGAACAUCCGUGAUGAGAAUGACAAUGUGCCCACCAUUGAUAUCCGGAAGAUUGGGCGCAUCCCACUGAGGGAUGGAGUGGCCAGCGUGGCUGAGGAUGUGCUGGUGGAUACCCCCAUUGCCCUGGUGCAGGUAUCAGAUCGGGACCAAGGCGAAAACGGUGUGGUGACCUGCACCGUGGUGGGGGAUGUGCCCUUCCAGCUCAAGCCAGCCAGUGAAGGUGAAGGGGAGCCGCAGAACAAGCGCAAGUACUUCCUCCACACCUCAGCCCCUCUGGACUAUGAGGCUGUACGUGACUACAAUGUGGUGAUCGUUGCUGUGGACUCAGGCAGCCCCAGCUUGUCCAGUAACAACUCCUUGCUAGUGCGGGUCGCAGACACUAAUGACAACCCUCCUGUGUUCGGCCAGGCUGUGCUGGAGGUUUCUUUCCCAGAGAACAAUCUGCCUGGUGAGAGGGUGGCCACAGUUGUGGCCACAGAUGCGGACAGUGGCAAGAAUGCCGAGCUCACCUAUUCCCUGGAGCCCUCACCCCUCUCCUCAGAGUCACCAAGUGGCAUCUUCAGCAUUGACCCCGACUCUGGGGAUGUGUCUGUGCAAGUGGUGCUGGACCGUGAGCAGCGUGACACCUAUGAGUUCCAAGUGACGGCCCGAGACAAAGGGGUGCCAUCACUGCAGGGCUCCACCAUGGUGGUGGUGCGGGUGGCAGAUCGCAAUGACAAUGAGCCGCGGUUCAUGCAGGAUGUGUUCACUUUCUACGUGAAGGAGAACCUGCAGCCCAACAGUCCCGUGGGCAUGGUGACUGUGAUGGACUUUGACAAGGGGCGUAAUGCUGAGCUCAGCCUCUCCAUACAGCCCAGUGAUCAUGACCAGGCGACUGGCAUCUUCUCCAUUGAAAAUGACACAGGAACCAUCUACUCCACAGUCUCAUUUGACCGGGAGCAGCAGACCAGCUACACCUUCAAAGUGAAGGCGGUGGAUGGGGGUGAGCCGUCACGUUCGGCCACUGCUACUGUGUCCCUCUUUGUAAUGGAUGAGAAUGACAAUGCGCCCACUGUUACCUUCCCCAGCAACAGCUCCUACACUGUGUUGCCACCCUCCAGCAACAUGCGCACUGUAGUGGCCACGGUGGUUGCAACUGAUGCUGACACCGGCCUCAAUGCUGACCUCAACUACAGCAUUGUCGGAGGAAACCCCUUCAAGCUCUUUGAGAUUGAUCCAGCCAGUGGCGUGGUAUCACUGGUGGGCAAGCUGGCCCCUAAGCACUAUGGCCUGCACCGCCUCGUUGUGCAAGUGAAUGACAGUGGCCAGCCACCCCAGUCAACAACUGCCCUGCUCCACGUCUUUGUCAAUGAGAGCUUGUCCAAUGCCACUGUAGUGGAGGGCCAGGUGGCACGUAGCCUUCACACACCUCUGGCCCAGGACAUUGCUGGUGAUCCCAGCUAUGAGCUGAGCAAACAGCGCCUCAGCAUUGUCAUUGGUGUAGUGGCUGGCAUCAUGACUGUCAUCCUCCUCAUCCUGGUGGUGGUCAUGGCCCGCUACUGCCGCUCCAAGGGCAAGCAUGGCUAUGAGGCUGGCAAGAAGGACCAUGAGGACUUCUUCACCCCACAGCAGCAUGACAAGGCCAAGAAGCCCAAGAAGGACAAGAAAGGCAAGAAGGGCAAGCAGCCUCUCUACAGCAGCAUCGUCACUGUCGAGGCCUCCAAGCCCAAUGGGCAGCGCUAUGACAGCGUGAAUGAGAAGCUUUCGGACAGCCCUGGCAUGGGCCGCUACCGCUCAGUCAAUGGUGGCCCGGGCAGCCCCGACCUAGCCCGGCAUUACAAGUCGAGCUCACCACUGCCCACCGUGCAGCUGCACCCGCAGUCCCCCACUGCUGGCAAAAAGCACCAGGCUGUGCAGGACCUGCCCCCUGCCAACACCUUCGUGGGCGCUGGUGACAACAUUUCCAUUGGCUCGGACCACUGCUCCGAGUACAGCUGCCAGGCCAGCAGCAAGUACAGCAAGCAGGUGGAUGCAGUACAGACUAUGCAGCACCCUGACCACAUUGAGGAAUCAUGUAAAAUGAAUCCAUUUCGUAGAGUGACGUUUUCUGUUGUGAGUCAGCCUCAGGACCCACAUCAAGGGUCUUUGCAGAGUUGCUAUGACAGCGGUCUGGAGGAGUCAGAAACACCAAGCAGUAAGAGUUCAUCAGGGCCAAGACUGGGUGCCCUUCCACUCCCAGAGGACAACUACGAAAGGACUACGCCGGAUGGCAGUGUUGGUGAGGCAGAGCAUAUGGAAAAUGAUUCAAGGCCUCUGCCAGAUGUAGCCCUGACAGGGAAGUGUACCCGAGAAUGUGAUGAAUAUGGCCACUCGGACUCCUGCUGGAUGCCAGUUCGCACUUCUCCUGAAAGAAAGCAGAAGAGCCAGCCAAAACUCUCCACUUUCAUGCCUGUUGAUGAACGGGGCAGUCAGGAAAAGCUGGCCAAUGGAGAAGCUUCCCUCAUGGGUGAUCGCAACAGAAACCUCCUUAACAAAAAGUUGACCUCAUCCUAUGAGACCUUCAGCGCCGCUAGUUUCAGCAAGAAAGAAGAAGGCAAUCCAGAAGAUAUCCCCCUUACACAGACAGGGGAAUAUAAGCCAUCUCCUGUCAAUACUCUAACUAGAAGAGAAGUUUACCUGUAAGCUAAAAAGCAGCAACAAAUUUCUUUUAUGUUGUGAGCAAGAAAAGGGGCAAAAGUCUUAAAAGCAAAACAAUUUUAAUAAAAAUAUGAAACAAAAAGAGGAGGCCACCAAAGAGACAUAAGCUCUGCUUGCCACUUCUGCCUCCAUAGCAGGCAUUUAACUAUAUGGUCUGCCUGACUAUACUGUACAAUGUAGAAAAUGUUGUUACUUGCAUGUCAAAUCCCCCCUCACCAAUUUUUAUUUUCCUAAAUCUAUGGUUGCAAACUCCUCCCAUAGUAAUGAGCUUGAUUAAAAAGGACACAACAUGUUGUUUCUCCUCUGCAGAAGCAUGAGUUAAGCCACUCAUUUUUUCGAUGGUCAUCUGGCUUGUUGAGGAUAACAGGUCAGGGAAAAUGUAUUCAAAGCAUAUCAUCUAAAUAUUGCUGAUCCCCACCAGGGACAAUCCUUCAGAAACCGUACAGAUAUAAAGAUAAAUAUAAAGGAAUAAUCAUUAAUAGGCACUUUGUGAAGACCACAGCUUUAAUAUUCUCACCUCUCAACUGACGCAGGAUGCGACAGAGACACGUUCAGCUUGAGACUGCCGUCCAAAACAUGGCAAACUUUCUUAUGAAUCAUGAACUCUGGUUCUGUUUUAUCCAUAGAACAAAUGUGUUCUAGCUGUGUCUCUUUCUCUCCUUCUCUCUCGUUCUCUGUAAUGAUUACUUCAAUGUAAACACAAUUAGUAACACAUAUACAGUAGCAUAGUAAUGAUAAACUCUUGAAAUCAUUUUUUUUGGACAAGACUAACAUUUAACUGGGAAGAUAGUAAUAACAAAAAGGCCAAAGAUCACACUAUGGAUCAGGGGAACUGCUAAGUAUUGGGGCUUGGCAUAGAAAACUAAUAUACUCAUGCACAUGUACUCAUAACACACCUUCAGUUACAUUUGCACAGCAGCACGUUCUACAAGCCCAGAUGACAAUAUUUUUUCCAAUGCGGUUCAGUUGAAUGCCUAAAGGAAAUGAUGUGGGUUUUUCUUUUUUUUGUGAUAUGUUGCAGCAGAUGUUUCAUAUAUGAUACUGCCAAUUCCAGGGAAUUUCUGAAGUCAAAAUUAAAAAAUAGUAGUAUUGCUAGAAGGCUGUGUUAGUGAGAAUGCUUGGUAGGAUGAAGGUGGGCAGUGUGGUGAUACAAUGACAAGAGAAUAUUACAACUCAAAUAUGAAGCCUUCCUUUCGGAGUACAAGGAGUGAUUGCUGAGUCUUUUGUCAUUGGUGUUGCAGAUUGAUUUGUAUCAAACAUGUAAGGUUUUCUUGAAACACUAGUGCAUUAAAGCCAAGUGAAGUGCAAUGCUAAACAGUGUCAAGACUCAGAACAUUUAGGGUAGGUAUUAAAUAAACAGUGUGAUAUGAUACUCACCUAGGGGGUCAAGAUGAGUCAAAACGAAUCCAAACUGUCUACAAUAUGCAAGAGCUCUGGGCUAUAAUGAUUCUCACAAUGAGUGCUUCAGGAAAGGAAGAGGAAAUGAAACAGGUUUUUGUGCAAUAAAAGCUACAAAAUGUGCAGAACUUUAGCCAGUUUCUCUCUAGCUCAUGCUGCAGUAAUAAUGACAAACAGCGCAGACAUUCAGAUGAAAGUGACAACUGAAGGACACAGCUGGAGAAGGGGAGAAGCGUUAUAAUCCCUGGCUGUUUCACCUGGCAUUAAAGCAUGGUUAGAUGGCUCUCUAGAUACUAUAGUCAUAAUGUAGCUUUGGGUAGUUUUUUAAAAAUAACCGUAAACAGCCUAUAGUAGAGGUUGCUAAAUCAAUACAACUCAUCACAUUUAUCUUUUGAAUUCACUUGUCCAUAUAGUCGGUGAUGCUGUUUCUGGCUGUUCCAUUCUCUUCUCUUAAGUUUACUUUCUUCAUGUAACAUUAGUUUGUGUAUAGCAGUAAUGAUGAAUGGGCACAUUUUAGAAAGAAAAUCAAAGAUUAAUAAUGAUUGAACAUUCUUAUGUUUAAUUAUUUAAGUAAUAUGAAGACAUGCAAACCAGUACUUCGUUAUGAGACUGCAUAGAGCAGUUACUGCUUUGUAUAAUCUGUAAGUAUCUGUUUAAAAAUGCUUCUAAAAUGCUUAUGUAAUGUAUACACAUUUUUCUUGCACGUUUCAACAGAAUACACAAUUGCAUAACAAAUGCUGAACAGAAUUUCUUUUGAUAAAUUUUUAUUUAAAGUUACACACACAAAAGAAAUAGGUAGGUUGGUUCAAUAUAUUGUUAAACCCUUUGUCUACAAUGCUAAUAAUACAGGUCAUAGAAGACCUUCAGAUUAAAUGGAUCAGCAGUCACUCACUGAUUUUCGCACCACAUUAAGACAGUCAUUAAAUACUUUACCUGUGAGCAUCUCCUUAGAACUAAAAUGGGUGUGAAAGAAUUUUUUUAAAUACUGUAAGUAUUCACAACAAUUCUAGUAGAACUAGCCACUAUUAACAUGCUGAUUACUCUUCUGACCUGGCAUGACACACAAAUAUACUUUGUGUUUGUAUUUCUCUUUUUAUUUUAAAUAUGUUAAAUCUGGUACCACUCCAUAAAUAGAGUGCUUUUGUAUAAAAUAAAUAAACUAUAAAAAAUAAUUAGGGUGAAUGCAAAAUAUGCAACUGUGCCUUUUAUACCUGUUAUUAUGGUAGAGUGGUAUUUGGGUUUGGACACUGAGGGAUAAGGGGCUAUUCCCAACCUUUUUGAACCUGUAUAUUUACCUGUUUAUUUUCUGAGAAAUUAUAAAUAAUAUAUUUAAAAACAAGUCUUUUGCCAAACUCAGUUAAUGGACCAGUCUUAAGCAUUAUUAACACAAUGCUGUGGUUUCAGUAUGUCUUGAAGGUUGUUUUGUUUGUUCAUUUUUUGUUGUUGUUUUUCUAAUUAAUCUUUGUGGGGGGGUUGGGAUUGUCUUCAUUUGGUUUUUAAUUCUGCAGCUUGGAGAACAACGAUCAGUCUAUACUAUAGUUGUUUGGCAAGGUGUCACCAGUUCAUGUUGCCAGGAAAACUGACAAUUUUUUUUUUAAUUGCUUUUAGCUGCCAUCACAUUUCAGUUGUACAGUAUAGAAAUCAACAUUUUAUUUCUUUCCAUGGUAAACUCGAAUGAGCUUUGCAUGUGUUUUAUGUUAGGGCGCCUUUAUAGAUUGAUGCAUUAAUAUAUAACUUUAUAUGUAUUAGAAAAUUCAAUAGCUUUGGUCUAAAAUCUACUGCUCAUUUUGGAUCUCAGAUCCAGUAUGUUUAUUCAAUAUGAUUUCUGACUGGCCUGCUGCCUGAGUUUCAGGAAAAAAAAGGUAAACAUUAUUUUUAUGUGGGGGAAGAAUUUAAAUGGGAUUCAGAUGAUUGACUGAAAGGCUACCCUAGGAAGUUGUCAAGUAGGAAAGCAAAGAGUAGAGUUGAAGACCUGCCAUAAGCACAGCUAUCACCAAAAGCUUGUAAGAACUUAAACAAUGAAAUAUUUUUCCUUUUCUUUCAUUGGUGAUAAAUGUACAGUGUUUCCUUAAGGAAUGAAGCAGAUGAAAUAGCAAUAGAAAUGAAAUUCCAUCAGUUAAGUAUUAUUGACUGAAAAGCAAGAAAGAAGACAAUAUGUACCAGCUACCUGGGGUAUGCUUUCAGACAACUUCUUCCUAAAUUUUAAAGCACUUGCAUUCAGUGUGGUACGAUCUGUUUGUAAUAUUAAUCAUUGACUAUUGUUCUGCAACUUGGAUGUUGAUAGUGAAGCAGAGAACAAUUUAUCAUUGUUUAUUAUGAAUCACUAUGCACGCAACUAUGCUAAACAUGGCAAAAUGUAUUAAACGCUAG